AUCAAUUCCAUCGAAAAUCGUCACUUGUUUAUGCCGUUGUCAUUUUAUUGCAGAACAUUAAAUUUAAUCUAACAUAAAUGCAAAAAAUAGUCAACAAGAACUGGAAUAACAGAUGAGAUGUGGGUUCCAGCUGCUGCUGCUGGCCAAAUAAAAGGCCGGUGCCUGGGCUCAGCCAUCAACAGUUGCUCGCAGCACAACGCACUCAAUCUGCCCAGAAAUUAUCCAAGAACCAUCCGCAAAUCAACAACAACUCAAGAUGCGUCUGAUCCUACCCGCACUCAUCGGCCUGCUUUGCCUGGCCUUCGUCCACGGCGACGAACGAGUGAAUCUGCUGGACGUGGCUGAUCAAGGAGCUGCCCAUGCCAGCAACGGGGAGCGCGAGGCUCGCGGCUAUGGUGGCGGAGGUCACUAUGGAGGUGGAGGUCACUAUGGGGGCGGAGGUCACUAUGGGGGUGGAGGUCAUUAUGGGGGCGGAGGUCACUAUGGGGGCGGUCACGGUGGUCACCAUGGCCACUACGGUCGCUAAAACAAUCCCUCGAAAUUUUGUAUAUAAAUAAAACUACAUUUUUAAAGGC